AAAAAACAGUCGCCCAUCCUAGAGCAGCCGCUCGUCCUUCGUCGUCGAUCCGCCUGGACGAACACCAGUUUUUAAGCUUCUUGAAAACAAACCGAGGUAUGGAUAAUAGACACAUAUACAUAUGACAAGUCUAUAAGUUCUAACAUGAUUUUGCUUCAUGAAGUUCGUGCUUUUCUGGCUGGUCUGUUAAUUCAAUGAACGCUCCCUUGGCUGCCCCGGAUUUGCUAGCUCCAUGGCUAACGUUAGCUUGGCUAGCUGCAAACACUCCCUUUUGUUGAAUGAUGUUUACAGUGCAGGGCAGUAGAUGAAAUAACGAGAGGGAUGCUUCUUAGUUAGUCUUUUAAGUUGUGGAAAUGUAAAACAUUUCAUAAAUGGACAUAUAGUAGCCCUCUUAAGAUGACAUUGACGGGUUUCACUUGGAAAAGGUUGAUGUAACGUUAAAGUCUGGAUUUGUAUCGUCGGCUAAUGCUGUUAUUACAAAGAUAUAGCCUUAUGCUUUUGCUUGUUAAGGUAAAUGUCAGGGAACAUUACAGAGUUGUCAUGCAAAGCUGCCUACUAGCUCCCAUUCUAACAGGAGUUUGCAUCAUUAUAACCAUGCAGUUACAAACAUAUAUUAUAAAUGAAGGUCUUCCCUCAUAGAUUGCCAGGUAUAUGUUUCAAUCGUGUGAUAUAGCCCUGCUUUAGCGGUAUGAAGGAUAUGUAUGAGGCGACGUUAUCGAGCAUGGCUGAUAGGGAGCCGCCCAGUGCAGAGGGAUAGCUGCGAGGCAUAUGGCCUCAGCUGUCAGCCCUUCUAUUACACUGCAUUCAUUCCACCAUGACCAGAGUCUUGGUUAAUAAUUUACAGGUUUUACUUGAUGGUUUGAGCUUUUCUUACAAGCUUUAAUAGAUAAGGGUAAUGACAGGAUGACUGUAAAGUUAACAUCUUAUUCACAGUUGUUAUGGGGAAGGUUAAGGGAACAAAGUCCUGGUAUUAAAACCACUAAACCUAGAUGAUAUGAAUAUACUCUAUUGGUCCUGGAAAAAGGAAAAUAGUGGACAUACAAUACAGGCACAAGUUGAAAUUUGUGAAACCUUGUUCUACUUGUAAAAUGGCAGAAUCAUAAUUUUACUUUUUUCCAUCUGGACCUCAAUAAAACCAGGUUCUGACCCAGAACCAAAGUACCCAGACUUCUCAGAUCUGGCAUAACUUAUUUUAGAGAAGCUAUAGCCUUUUAAAGCACAGUCUUACAUUUGUGAAGUCAUUAUACUGUUUGUAAAAUUCAAGGAAGGAUGGUUUGAAAGGUGAAAAAAAGACAUAGCAAGAUUAGCCUUUCUUGCAAUUCCCCAAAUAAAAUUACGGUUUUGCAAAAGUUAGAUUGAGUAUUUUUGUGACCCUGUUUCUACAUGCUUUUUCUGCAAUAGCCAAAUAAGAAGUUGCAAGUAAGAUGCCAACUUCAGCAUCGCAGUGGCAGGGCUGUUAGCCCAUUACACAAUGAUAUUGUGGUAUGAUUUGCAAUGAUUAUAGACUGUAAAAACCGUGGUGUGGUGACGUGACGGUGCUAUCUAGCACCUCUACAACGGACUGUCCUGCAUGCGGCCGUUGUCAGGGUGGUGCCAAGUUCUUCACAUACCAACCAUGUAACUGCCCCCUCACUCUCCAGAGGAAUUUAAAUAGAAAGCUAGAGGAGGAUACAGCAGAUAAGAUAGAGGGUAUGUAGGACUAGCCUGGCAGUAGCUCAUUGUAACUUCAGAAUAUUAUGAACAUAGAUGUGAAUGAAGUGUGUUAGAUUUAAUCAACCAUGAACAUGCAUUUCCUCGUUAAUUAAUAUUAGCAUAGUUUGUCAUACGAUUGAGUUGAGUUAACUUUUGCAUAUUUUUCCGUUCAUUAUCCACAGGAUACUCCAUGUACUAUCCAGUUAAAACUCAGUGAUAGUAUUGCAUGUUUUCAAGGCCUAAGAUGGUAUGUCAACGUGAGUUUCAUGCUUUAAACCACAAUGUCUGUCCACUUAUCUUUGAAGUUAGUUGGCACUGCUAUCAAAAUGUUGAUUUUUUUUUUACUUAACUUGGCUGUUCAGACCACCUCAGCGGUAGAAAGCCCUCUUUCAUUCAGCAAAAUACAUCAUAACAUCAAAGAGAUAGUUAUUGUUUAGACAUUAAUUAGUCAUUCUUUUAGAGCCAAAAAUAGCAUUGAAUGUUCAGUGAUCAUUGCCACCAGUGUUGGAAAAACAUGAGCACAACCAGAUUGUUUUUAAUUCUGAUUAAAUUAACAUGACAUGAACAUCCAGGAUGCAUUCACCAUUGUUUUGCUGCAGAGUUUGUGCCCAAUUGUUGAAUCCAUGAACAGAUGAAUAGAAGCACUACUGACCUCCCUAAGCACUGUAAGGCUGUUGUAAUCAUCCCUUGUAACACUCUCUGAAAUUCAUAUUUUCCAUCCUUUCCUGAAAACAUCACUGAGUUUUCUUGCUAUAACAGUGAAACUUGAAUCAGAGGGUCUGUGAAUGAAAACUUAGCAUGUGCAAGACAUUGUAAAGGGGCACAUUAGAAAUCUGUCUGAUAAUGCUGACGCAGAUGAAAAUGGCUCACAUAACAGCUUGGAUCCUGUGCAAGUUGGUCGUAGCAUUGCAAAAUGUAAGAUUUAUCUGCAACAAGCAUUGACAACAAGGUCAGCAGAUCCUAUUAUUCGCUCUGAAGUCGUGGCUGCUGGCCAUGGCUGAUGUAACUCCUGAAAAAUAGUUGCAUGGUAAGGAUACAUUGCGAUUCUUAAGACCAAAUCGCCAAGGUGAUUCGUUUGUCUUUGUCAUUUAUCUCUAAAACUUGCUGUUCCUUAUUUCAAUUUGAAAUGAGGUCAGCAGUUUCCAAAAGUCUCUGUCUAAGGGGCUUAAAACGCUGGAAUUAAUUGACACAGGGAAUAAACGUAGCUAAAGUGCAUUUUAGGAUUAGAACUUACUGGGCUGAAUGUAGCCUAGGUACGCACUGCACUAUAACCUCAUGUUUUUCUGUGAAACAGAAAAAUGCUUUCAAAAUGGGACACUUCCUGAACAGCAGAGCUUAAAAUACCUGUUAGAUAGGCUAUUCCCAGUGCAAAUUAUGCCUCUUUUUCCUCUGUCUUAAUUUAAUUAGGUUGAGUUACAGCUAUCACCUUAGUACAUGACAUUAUUGUAUUUCUUCAGGCCACAUCUUACAUAGAAAACAUGGUUAUUCAGAAUGAUGUGACUGUAAGCAAAGGGAUGUUUGCUUUUCUCAACAAACAUUGGUCAUGCAUUAUUUAGAUAACCAACUGGACUGAGUCAACAGAAAAUGUUCAUAUAGUAACAGUGUUUCUCGCCUAUGUGUGCGAUGCAAAGUUGACCUAAUACAUCAUUUAGUUUGAUGCAUUUUGCAUUUCAUGUGGGAUAAUAGCAUCAGAAAACCACUCACAGAGGGUGUGGUCAUACUUGCAGCCAUUUUUCAUCAUCAGCCUCUUUGUUUUUCUGUUGAGUUAUACCAAGAACUGAUCGUAUUUUAACACACUACCAGUAAAUGAAAAUGUGCAUUUAUUUGUGAACCUGUGCAGCCUAAAAAUUGGCCAUGACCUGGAUAGGAAAUAGGCCUGCAUGUCUCCAGGGCUGUCAGGUUUGGUGUCAGGCCUGCACAUACAGGGCUCAUUGUCAUUCUGCUGCUGGUGCUAACUACUUUCAGAGCAUUUGAAGACUAUUGAUGCAAUAGACUUGGCUUGUUUUCAUAUUAAAAAUGCAGUUUUCCAACUUUGCUCGCUUCUUACCAGCUCGUGCCAAUCAUAUAUUGUGCCUUUACACAGAUAAGCCAGCAUGUCGACCUUUACUAAACCCCAACUCAAGGUAACAUCAGUGUGUGUCCCACUGUGUGUGCUUCUGUGUGUCCUUAAGUUUGUGUGUGCGAUGAACAUUCCAGAGCAGAGCAGGGCAGUGGGGAUGUUUUGCUGAGUAAAGGGUGAUGGGAGAGAGCUGGAGGGAGGGGUAGGAGGUUCAGAGCAGAGACAGACGCAUGGGCUGGGCUGCAUCUUGGCUUGCUCCUUUGUACAGCCGAGUCACUGCAGGUGCAAUGCGUCUGUCUGAGCUGCGUAGAAGAUCCAACCUCUUCCUCAGUUAUUAUUAAAGUGUUCAGGACAGAUGUAGAGAUGCUGUUGCUCACCAUGACUUCAUCACAGAGAUAAACAGCAAGAAAAUCUCAAGGGACAGACCAGAAGGAGACAGACGUGUGUUUUAUUUUGGUUUAGCACUUCUAGUUUUAUUUCCAGCUUUUAAAUCUAUCAUCUCUGAUCUGUCUGUUUGACAAUGGAUUGUUUGAUGACAUUACAGGAUUGGGUAAGCUGCUUGUAAUUCAAACUGUGCAUGCUGUUGUGUGUUUCCUGUCCUGAUGCAUCAUUAUAUGGCUCUUUCUUUAUAAAACCAGUGAGGACAUUAGUUGGUUUUGCUGCAUGUCUUUGGAUGGUGUUCUUUUUUUCCAUAAAAAAUUCAAUGUGACAUGAGGUAUUAUGAUGCUUUUCAAAACCCUGUGAUAUUAAGUCCUUCAGCAAACACUGAGGUUAGCCUGCGUUCUUCCGGUAGCUCUCAGGCUAAUAGGAAGAGAGUGAAUUAAAUGGAUCGGACUGGAGCCUGUGUUGGCUGCUGCAGGCAAGAGUCAAGACUCAACAAAUGUUAAUGGAUUGUGUCUCCCAGGGCUAUUUCCUGCAUCCUUGCUGUUACGUAGAGUAUUUUUUGGCUCAAUACAUUUCAAUAUAGGAUGUGACAUUUGCAUUUAUUCAGGGCAGUAUUUCAACCUCUGUCCCAUCUGUAUGUUUGGGUAACUAAAUGAUGAAGUUUGUUAAAAUUGUUGAUACUUCGAUUAAUUUCGAUAUCACAUGCUUGGAACAAAUUAUUUCACCAAAAUUAUCGAUCAGAUGCUGCCGUGAGUGAAUGACCGAGCUAAGAGACACAAAGUAAAUAUAGAGAGAGUGUUGGUGAAGUUAACAAACUGGAGAAUUAAUGAAAAUGUCUAAACUUCCUCUUAACGUGCAAGAAGGUGCCAGAUUCUUCCUCCCUGUCAUGUGUGUCUCUGCUCCCCCCUCCAUCACAGCUUCUUCAUAUUCACAGAAAAAAAAAAGAUGUGCUGAGUGUUUGUGCAGCAAACAGCCACCUUAGGCAUUGAGGAGAUACAGUAAUAUCACCCGGGCCCUCUUUGUUUUCUACCUGUCCUGACCCUAAGACUGUUGACGUGGAGAUUAGCAAUACUACGCAAUGACUGACUCUUUUAAAUCAACAAACUUAGUAAGAAAAUACGAACACUUAAAAUCAGGAUUAUUAUUGAUAAUUCAGAGGAAAUAUUUUGGUGCAUAAAUUAUUUUAAAACGAUCCUCUUUCAGUCACACCCACCUCAGUCAGAGAGAAUGAAUUAUUUGCAGGCUAAAGCAGUUUGUUGAACACCCUUUUUCACAUUUGCCAAGUGAAUGCGCAGAGGGUAAUCAGCUGAGCUCUCCACCCCGCUGAAGAAGAUCAGCUGUUAAAUUGUGGGCUAAGCGUGACUGCGUGACCCUCCAGAACUAACACUAUACACAAUUUAUGUAGCCUUUUACUGUAAACGGUUGUUAAAUGACAGUCUCAGUUCAGGGACUUUCUCUAAACCGAUGCAGUUUGCAGGGCUAAGACCUAAAGUGAAAGGUAACCAGUAUGAGAGCCCAAGAGUUCAAUUUUGGUUGCCAUAGUAUUAAAACAGGCAAAAUGUGGUGUGAUUUUUAUAUGGUAGUUCAAACCGUUAUUGUGACAUCUCUGUAAAUGACAAGCAAGGGUUAAAAAAGGUGUCACAAACGUUCCAGAAGAUUAUGUAAUCAAGCAGAGGUGAAACUGUGUAGCUUAGCCUCUUGUGCUAACGUGCUGAUUAAAGAGCAUCCAAUGAAAGCGCUUAGGUUUUCCACUUACAGGGUCAGACUGUUAAUUAAAGUCUAACAACAUUACAGACUGAAUCCCUACAGAUAUAGAGCUUUUGUUAAAGGGGAUUUUAACAACAAGAAACAGCCAUUAAAAUGUUCCCAUCAAAGCCCAAAGACUUGAUUGAAGUCAACAUUAAUUUUGCCCUUCACUAAAGAGGAGGUGCUGCUGGUAGCUGUGCUGGUGCCGCUACGAUUGUUCAGCUUGUUUGUGUUGUGUGGCUUUGGCGUUUCCUUAUCCAGCAUAUUGUCAUCGUAGCACACAAUUGAAAAGCUACGCACAGCAGGGAUCCCUCCUGUAAUUUGUCACUUAAAAGAACAAUCUGAGCCUGUCAGUGACAAAAACAAGAGCUGUUAGUGUUCUUAGUUUGAUCAAGGACAUUAGCUCUCCAGAAUGAUAUUGCAGUCACUACAGCCUGUUCUGCAUCAGCAUUUAAACCCCAGAAUAUGGAAAACAAAAAGAUCCUUCUUUUUCAACAAGUAGAGUAUGACUUGCAGCUAAAAUGUUGUCUGCUUAUUUAUUGUUACAGAGAUCUUGCUGACAAUUUUAGCCAUCCACAGCAUUGUUUGUUCACCACCUGUUUGUCCGAAAACCUCUGAAUGAAUCUACUUUGAUAAACUCGCUCCUCAGCUACCUCAGGUUUGGAUAAAGAAAAAAUUGGUGGAAAGAAAGCCGAUUGAUUGGAGUUAUAUAAUCCCCAUCCUCUGUUCAUCAGCAGGGAAGUAUGCUUGUAUUGUGUCAUGAGACUCUCCCAUUUCCUGUAAAUUCCUGGAGCCUCCAUCCUCCCAGUAUGGCGUCAUUCAGUAUGACCUCUGCUCAUACUUACAGAUGGUUGUCACAGCAACUUAGAGCUGCAAAAUGACUGACCUCAUCUCCUCGCCGAGGGCUUCCCAUGAUAACAGAGGAUUUUAGGAUAAUCUAUCAAACUAUUGAUUCAGCUUUAUUCCACACCCAGAGGUGUUUUAACACAGAGCUGCAGUUUUUUUUGUGCACAUUAAGGUUUAGAUUUGUUUCUUUCAUACAUAGAUCUUGUCAAGAGCUUUUGGGGCUUAUUUCAUGUAAUUCCUGCUGUGUAUGAACAAUCAUGGUAAUGGGCUGUACUGAUAACCACUUGCCUGCAUCCAUACGCCCACACACUAAUGUUUCUUAUCUCUGGGUAGAUUUCUCUCAGCUCUCACAAACAGAGCAGGAUCUACUGUACAACAUGCUGUGUCUCUAAAAUUAUCCAUCUGUGCAGGAUCUUUUUCAAGAUGCCUGAUUUCUGGCACACAUAGAAAACAAAUUAAGGUUAAAGAUGAAAUGUGACAAUCCACAUAAUCAUCCUUACUUGCAUGUCAUCGUUUUCAGAUGUCAAAAAACACAGUUGUGCCUUUAUUCCGUUUUAAACAUCUGCAGUAAACAAUGUGAAAGUUAAAAGAUAGUUAAUGCUAAUGUUAAUCAUAUCAUUUCCCGAAGCAUGCAUUUACCAGCUCCCUGUUAGACGAAGGCCUGGGUAAAAUCAUACUUUCACACUCACAGUCAUAGAAAGCAAAGAAAGAUGGCUUUUAGCUUCCCUCAGAACCAUCAUUACUGAUUUAGUGGUGAGAAAACAGCUUCCACAGGUACAGUGUUAAACAAACAGAACAGCAGAUUUCCAGAGACUUUGUUUGAGUUGAUGUGCACUGUGAAAUAUUUACAGCUGGCUAUAUUAUUGGACGAUGUAUUGCACAUUGCAUACAUUACAUUUUAAGAAUAUUUAGACAUAUGGUGGGGACAUAAGUUCAAUUUGGUCACCCAUCUCAUCAAAGUUUCUUCAUUGCAUUUUAAUUUUUGCCUGCAAAAACGUGCAGUGCCAGCAAUCGCAGUUAACAGCAUAAGUUCCUUUUUUGACUGUCAAUGACUUUGUUUUCUUAUUAUUUCCUAUACAGCACAUAUUGAUGCCAAUUUUUUCAUUAAUUAAAGGACUGCGAAAGAUAACUCACCAUUAUUGAAAAGAAAAUUAAAAAGUUUUUUUUGGUAGAGAGAUCAUCAAGACAGCCCUCUUUAACUCAAUAUUCAUAGUGUUAGCACCAGAAGGGUGUCCAGCCAACAAUGAACAAUAACUAAUUCACAAACACAAUUGAUCUAAUAUUUGUUUGUGUUGACACCAUCUUGAUUAAAUUAAAAAUAUUUUAUAUUUUAUUUCUUUGUCUGAAUUGCUGUGACUUUUUGACUGUUGUAGCUGCAUUCAUCAGUAAUUGUCCCCAUGCCACUGCCUUUAAAAUGGUUAAUUCCUCUCAUUAAAAGCAUUACGCAUUUCCACUGACCAAUAUCCUUUUUGUCUUUAAGCUGGUAUACCACUGGUAGAUUUAAUCCUCCAGGCGUCUGUUUUCAGGUUGUUAAGAGCUUCAGGCUGCUGUGCUGGUUUUAAUGGAAGUAAAAUACUGAGGCCUGUUUUUAUAGAAGAUUUGUGUUUUUGAUUAUAUUCUUUACAGUUUUUUCUACAUUAUUCUGGAGAAAAGCAGUUUAUAGUGAGAGCACCUUAGCACCUCCUUUGUCUGUACCUGUGAAACUGGAUAUUUGGACUUUGGAAGGUAAUUACUGUGACAGUCACAUGCAGCUGGCCUAGCUCAUAAUUCCCUCCCAGUAUUACAUUUUAAACAUGGUAGAAGAAAAAGAGAAAGGGCUGCAUUGCUGCAGCUUUUGGUGUAAUAGAAGCUGACAGUGCAGCAGACUGAUAUCAGUGAGUGGGUGUUUGCUGCAGAGAGCAGAAAGCCCUCAGAGGCAGCGGUGAGUUAGAAAGAGGAGGGCUGUUAUCUGCUGAUAUAAGAUGGUAGAGAGUGCUAUCUGCAUGUGCAGGACUGUUUUAGGAGCGUCACAGAGCUACAAGGACCCCUGCUGCUCCAAUGUGACUUGUUUUUCACAUCUAGACCCGCCCCUUAAAAGUGGAAAGUUUGAACCAGACCAGACGAGUUGAGUUAGACUUUGUCGGCUGCAACAGUGCAAUAGAUAUGAAACCUAAAAGUAAAGUCAGUGAUGUUAAAGCUUUUAAAUGUAAUAUGACUUGGCUGCAGUUUAUUAUAAACCCCAAAGGUCCCCCUAGGUUUUUUUCUUUCUGUCUUUCUCAACACUGAUGAAAGCUGACAGCCAACAGGACUUCAAUGUUAAAUGACAUGCAUACAUGCACCUGGAUACCAUGGUGGCAAGUCCCGCUGCAUUUAUAUGACUAGUCGGCUGUAAUAGCAACAGCAGCAUGGUAGUUAGUCGGUUGUCACCGCUUAUUUAGAUCUGCUUGUAAAUGUCAAACUGAAUUGAGUUUAAGGUGGAUAGAGAGUGAGAGAGAGGAGUUCCAGUCCAAAUGAUAAACUAACCCCGUUCUAUUAAAAUUCAUCAGUCUGUCCCUGUUAGCUUCCAUCAGAAUGAGGAUGAGGUCGGUCUAAAUCCCUGAGAUGAUUUAAGCUCUCUCUGUGAACUGGGACAUGUUGGAGGUGGGGGAGGAGUGCUGGAUCACAUCCUGGACAUCACUUUUUUUUUUCAGGCAUUGACUAAUCUGCAUUACUGUAGUGAUACCGCUGUAUAUCGGUUUGUGUGUGCGGGCUCACUGGGAUGAUUGCUGGUCUGGAAAAGCUAAUGUCGUCUCUGGGGGCCAAAGAAUCUCUGUGCUUUGGCUCCACACUGCUGACUCCACUAAUCCUCCCAUUGAGCGUAGACAUGGACCAGCACUCUCCCUCUCUUACAUCUGUCCAUCGCUUUGUGUAUCACUGUCUGCAGCAUCAACAAAAACCCUGUAAUGUCUGCAUUUAGGCCCAGCAGACCCACUCAAACCCCUGCCCCCGCCCUGCUCUCUGCCUGGGCUUGGUUGACCUUGGUUCAGGCAGACAGAUCAAUAACUAGCAUCUAAUUAGCUUCAAAGCAUCUGCCUGAGAACACUUAAACUUCCCAGCAUUAGGGUUGUUGAUGUUUCCUUUCCCUGAUCCCUUCCUCGUUUUCUAGAAGUGAAGCUAAUGUGAAAGCAGAUCAGAAAGCUUGCAAGCCAGACAUUACUCACAGUUCAAGGCUUUGCUGGCCAGAGAGGCUGACAGCAGCACUCCAAUUGUAAAGGGGAGCCUGGUUACUGUUUCACACGCAUGUGGAAUUUCCGCCCCCCACCCCUCUUUGGCAUUUGACUAUUUCAGCUGCUUCAGCUGCUGGCCCCUUUGGUCGCUCAGCUAGAGACAGGAUGGGAGAGAGGGGGGUUGUUGUUUAGACAAACAGUCUUGUUCUUUACGUCCUGAAGUUUGACGCUGAGUUUCCUUUAGAGGAGAACUUCAGGGCUCUUCAGUUCAGAGGUUACAUCUAAGGCUGCCCAACAAAUAUCCGUUUUUUUUGCUAUCUACAAUAUGAGCAUUUGUGACAAACCUAUUUCAAGAGUCUGAAUCAUGUAUCAUUGCAAAUGAGAAAAUUAUCUAAGAAGACAUGUAGAACUGAUUUAUCGAUAAAAGUAUGUCGAACUCUGCGAUGGUAGGUGGCGGUUUGAUCCCUUUUAGCAAAUCAGCUGUUGGACCUUCUGCUAGUUGACCAGCUAUUUGACAUACUGAAACAGUUGACAAACCAGUUAGUAAGGGGAUAACUGGUUUUAUGUCAAACAGUGACAACUUAAAUGCUCUGUACCUACUUUUUGUACACAUGAUAUGACAGUUUAUUCACUCCCCUCCUUCCUCUGUUAAGGUUUAGCCAAGUACCCCUCUUCUUUCAACCCUUUUAUGCUGUUCAGCUCAGGUCAUAGCCCUGCAUGCAAACUACGGAGCAUGUAGCGCACCUAGGCCAGUUUUGGACCUACGAAGGUGUAUACAUGCAACAGAAAAUCAGUCCCCAGCUGUGUUUUCUGGAUAUGUUAGUCUGACUACGAGAAACUCAACUUAGUAGAAUUUCAGCCAGACUGAUGAGUUCACUUCACAUGCAUUUUAAAAGUUCAGUUUCAGUCAGACUUGCACAAUAAACUGGCUUUUGGACUUUAAAGCAUACAGACAGACAUUAAAUCAUGGUUUAGGUGCACUCUUUUAAAGGUUAUUUAUUUCACUUCUGAUAUUUAUCCUUAUAUUGAAAGAUGAAAGAGCAAACCACGUAUUUAUCUUAAACCUUGCAGGCCUAGUUAUGUUGCUACUGCGUCUCUUGAAACUGUGUCCAUCCUGAUGACAAGAUUAUUUGAAACCAUAACAGAUCUCAUCUCUGUCUAUACUUACAAAACACCAAUCACAUGACCACAUGCCUGAGUUUGCAGGUGGUAAACCUUAUACCAAACAGCCAGUGCUUCUCUCAUCCUUAACAGUUAUUCCAUGUAGCACUUUCAAAUAUUGAUCAGUAGCUGCUCUUCUGCAAAAUCAGCAAGUAGUAUCAUUUUCACAUUAUGAAUUUACCCACACAGAACAAGCUGCCAAGGGCCGCAGGGUUAGCAGCGUCUGUGAUGAGUUAUUCUCAUUUAGUUCUCCACUGCUACAAAAGUCAGGUGAUGUCUGCUAAAUUGGCAUGAGACUCUGGAGACAAUCCCCAGAGUAAAUGUUGUGAAAUGGUAGCAUUGCCAGUUGGCCAGCCUUUGCUGCUGGUCAUGCUUGAUGCUCGGUUUCCUUUUAAUGAGGGUUGUGCAGAGGAAAUUUGUCACGUUAAGGGUGGUGCAACUGUAAAGAAAGCCCACACUGCUACAGAUGGUGUCCGUGGAUGUCAUGAAUAAUGCACAAACGUCCGAAUGAAUGCAGCAUUAGAACCUAACCAGCUGUGCAGACUACAUGGCUCGCCUUAAUGUUUCUUUUAACUUGGAAAGAAAAUGUUUUUGGCUUUAGCAGGAAAAAUGUUGAAGUUAGUUCAAUUAAAUCCAAGUUUUAAAGUUCUAAUAAGCAGCUGUUUUUCAGGUGUGAAGUAUAAACCAAUUUAACGUUUCUGUGAAUUUACUGAUGAGUCUUAUUCCUGUGUUUUCUGCAGAGAAUGGAUACUGCAGGGGUCAAAGUGCUGGAGACAGCUGAAGACAUCCAGGAGCGCCGGCAGCAGGUGCUGGACCGCUACCGGCGCUUCAAGGAUCUGUCGAUGAUGCGCAGACAGAAGCUGGAGGACUCUUACCGCUUCCAGUUCUUCCGUCGUGAUGCAGAGGAGUUGGAGAAGUGGAUACAGGAGAAGCUGCAGAUUGCAUCUGAUGAGAACUACAAGGACCCAUCCAACCUGCAGGCAUGUCAACGAGGCUUUUAAGUUUCUCUGAAGGCAGGAUUUGAUAAAGACAGGCUUCUGUUUAUCUGGAUUUCAAAGCUGCAGCACAGAUGAGAUUUAAGCAGAUUUUCUUUCUAUAUAUUGACUUUUGUAAAUCUUGAUUCUGCUCAGGGUAAGCUGCAAAAACACCAGGCCUUCGAAGCUGAAGUUCAGGCCAACUCUGGAGCCAUCGUCAAACUGGACGAGACUGGAAACCUGAUGAUCACCGAGGGACACUUUGCCUCUGAGACUAUCCGAGUAAGACCAACAAUGAUUAACAUGUGCUUACUCCAACAUGUAUAUCUUAUCCACUUAUAACCUGCUUGAUGUGAUCCAGUCCUACACGCCUUACCGGACACAACAGAGACCCAUAGUUACAAGUUUCAAUAUGGCUGAGUAUAUAAAAGUAGGUGUUGAGCUGCUGUGGACAAAGUUUGACUCCUUGGUGCCGUGAAUUUUCCUCCUGACGCUGCUCUUUGCAGCAAGUUUAACUUUCCUCCCAUUCUGCUGUUCUGAAAUUGACUUAAAUAUCAUCAGAUACCUUACGAAGGAAGAGUGCUUUCUUGUACCAGGUGGGACUUUUGGAUACAGAUCCAGUGAAAAUGUCUGGGGAAAAAGUCUUCCAUUAAAGCAUGGAUGUUUUCUGUCUUUUCUUUCAACUGUCUUUUUAUUGAUCUACUUUUUCCCAAACUUUCUUACGUCUUAGUAUCAAUAUUAUAACAUUCUUCCCUCCUCCUACUAUACUCUAGACUCGUCUGGAGGAGCUGCAUCGUCUGUGGGACCUCCUGCUGCAGAAGACGAAGGAGAAAGGCAUGCGUCUCCUGCAGGCCCAGAAACUUGUCCAGUACCUGCGUGAGUGUGAGGAUGCUCUCGACUGGAUCAGCGACAAGGUAGAGAGUCACACCAGAGAUCUAAUCCAAAAAUAAGUCAAUUCAAAUAAAUUAUUCAAUGUCUUUUGGGUUAAGGAGCAUUUUUAGGAGUUGUCAUAUAAAAUAUUUCAGGUUUUUGUUCAGGAAAAAGUUUCAUAUGAGCUAUGACAUCCAAGUGGGAGGUUAAAAGUUGUCUUAAAAAUCAUAUUUGGUUUUGAAGGCUGAAAAAACUUUUUAAGGUGUCCAGUACAUGGAUGAGGGACAAAAACAAGGUGAAGUUUGUCAAGUAAUAAAAGAUGAGAGCUUUUCUUGUGACAUGAGUUGAAAACUGGCAUUGUAAACAUGCAGUUGAUGAUAAAUUUAUAGUAGAAGAGUAAACUAUGAAGUGUGGUCAGAGAUAAGAAGGAUAAAAUCAUGUCUGUUGCUCAAAUUUCACGAAUCUUUUGUCAGAUUUUCAUAAUUUGAGUUGUAAAAGGUCUCAAUUUUUCUGUGGGGGUUAUUCUUUUUUGAGAGGGCAUGUCUGAGACAUGUAUGGAUAUCUUAUCAAAUCUACACUGCCCAGAAAGUGGUGUAUAAAAAUGUCUCUAUUUUUUGGAUAGAUUUCUCAUUCACAGUACAACUUAAAAACUCAAACCUUUCCAGUUUUAUGAUAAAGUCACUGUUUUCUGAAGCUUUAGAGGGAGAAAGUCUGUGCAAAAUGUUCACAUCUCUUCCAUGUAGGAGGCCAUGGCCAGCUCUGAAGAGCUGGGCCAGGACCUGGAGCAUGUGGAGCUCCUGCAGAAGAAGUUUGAGGAAUUCCAGACAGACCUGGCAGCUCAUGAAGAGCGUGUGAAUGAGGUGAACCAACUGGCAGCCAAACUGAUCCAGGAGUCCCAUCCUGAGAAUGAGCUCAUCGUACGCAAGCAGGAGGAGGUGAACGCAGCAUGGCAGCGCCUGAAGGGUCUCGCUCAGCAGAGGCAGGGGAAGCUGUUCGGGGCGGCUGAAGUGCAGCGAUUCAACAGGUAAACAGCAGUUUAUCCCUAAGUGCUGAUUUGAUUUCUAAUGAGAUGACACCUGAAGGAUAUGGAGACUCAUUAUCCUCCGGUUGUAGAAACAGUUUUUUUUGCCAGGAUCUGAAUACAUUAUUCAUUAUUGAUUUCACCAACAGGGAUGUAGAUGAGACCAUCAGCUGGAUCAAGGAGAAAGAGCAGCUGAUGGCCUCCGAUGACUUUGGUCGUGACCUGGCCAGCGUGCAGGCUCUGCUGCGCAAACACGAGGGUCUGGAGAGAGACCUGGCUGCUCUAGAAGACAAGGCAAGAACAAACUUUGUGUGAUACUGUACAUGAGGAAUAGCUUUGGUUUAUAUUCACACUAAAAAAGACACUUUUUCAUCCAUCAUAAGCAGCAUGUCUUUAAGGACACCCUGAUCUGUAGUCAUCUUGACUCCAGAUCAGACCAUAAUUUACAAAAUGAUCAUCAUGCUGCACUGCUGUAGAUGAAGAACUAAAGGUUGAGAGACCACAAGAGAGUUUUGCACACUCUGGUUUCUUAUAUCCUCCUUUUUCCUUCUCUUCUCAUCAGGUCAACACUCUAGGCGGUGAUGCAGAGCGCUUGCAGCAGACACAUCCUCAAAAUGCCUCUCAGAUCCACCUGAAGAAGGACGAACUCAUCACCAACUGGGAACAGAUCCGCACUCUGGCAGCUGAGCGCCACGCCCACCUCAACGACUCAUACAGGUAGAAUAUAAGACUCUGCUCAGAGAUAAGCCGUCAAUAUCAUCAUCAUUAAACUUUCUAAAUAUUUAGAAUAAAAUAUGAAAAUUUUGAUUCCAUAUGCAGAUAGAAGCUCAGUGACUUUGCACAGGAUGUCUGAGGCUGCAUCAGCCAACACUUAUGCUCACUUCUGCCCUCUUGUGUCUGUUUAGGCUGCAGCGCUUCACUGCUGACUUCAGGGAUCUGACCAGCUGGGUGACAGAGAUGAAAGCUCUGAUAAAUGCUGAUGAACUGGCCAAUGACGUGGCUGGAGCUGAGGCUCUGCUUGACCGCCACCAGGAGCACAAGGUAAACUCUCCAUUUAAGUUAGCACACCUCUACGUUUGAUUACAGAUUAGCUGUGUGCUCUGUGGGAGCUUCAAUCAAAGUAUUAUUCAUAUAUUUAUGCAUAUUUGUCAUUGUGUUUAAGGGAGAAAUCGAUGCCCAUGAGGACAGCUUCAGAACCACUGAUGAAGCCGGUCAGGCCCUGCUCAACACCGGACACUACGCCUCUGAUGAAGUCAAGGAAAAGGUACAACUAUGAGAGGAUCUAGAUUGGUCUUCAUUUUUGUGAUUUUAAAGCCAUAACAAUUCUGCACUGUGGAAAAGAAACCAGAAUAAAAACCUCAGAUAUUUGAGAUUUUGAUGAAACUCUCAGUUCUUGGGCUGUAUAAAUUAUAUUAGUAUGUCAUGCCGUAUAACUCGACAGUCUUCAAUAACAUGAUAAUACUUAAAUCAUCAACACAAACAGAAUUAAGAAAGUUAGAAUAAAAAGAUUAUAUUUACUCAAAAAUCAACAGAACCUGGAUUAAUCGAGUCCUAAAUUCUGAUGAAAAGGUUUUUAAUGGUUUGCUGCUCUUUGUAAUGUUUUAACGCUGUCAUGUUUAUGUGCAGCUCGGCAUCCUGGCUGCAGAGAAGGAAUCUCUGCUGGAGCUGUGGGAGGUUCGCAGGCAGCAGUACGAGCAGUGCAUGGACCUGCAGCUCUUCUACAGGGACACAGAGCAGGUCGACAACUGGAUGAGUAAACAAGAGGUAAUUUGAUGUAUUUCCUACUAUCUUUUAUCAGGGGGAAAAUGUCUUAACUGUGUACUCUCUGAGCAAUGCAUCUGAUGUUAAAUUUGUCUUUGUGCAGGCUUUCCUCCUGAAUGAAGACCUGGGUGACUCCCUGGACAGCGUGGAGGCCCUGCUCAAGAAACACGAGGACUUUGAGAAGUCUCUCAGUGCCCAGGAGGAGAAGAUCACCGUAAGUUCUGUUUCUGCAGGAGAUUACAAAGUUGUUUCUUUUGUUUGUGGUUGAGAAGGGAUUCACUUUGGCUUAUUUCUUUCUCCUCCAGGCCUUGGAUGAAUUUGCCACUAAACUCAUUCAGAACAACCACUACGCCAAAGAGGAUGUGGCAACACGCAGAGAUGCUGUAAGUGCUUCUGUCCUCCUUUUCAACAUCCAGCGUAGAUUUAAGCAGCGAAUGGUGAUGUUUGCAUGGUUUUAUCUUUUGUUUAACUGUGAACUGACAUGUCGUCUCUUCUUCUUCGCUCAUAUUUAGCUCCUCAACCGCCGCAACGCCCUGCACCAGCGCGCUCAGUCUCGACGUGCCGCCCUGGAGGACUCUUUCCACCUGCAGCAGUUCUUCAGGGACUCUGAUGAGCUCAAGAGCUGGAUCAACGAGAAGAUGAAGACCGCUACAGAUGAAGCCUACAAGGUAGUUUAUCAAAGAAACCAGAAACGAGAGAAAUAAAUGUUCUUUACACAAACAGAUCAAAAUAUGUCAGGUGCCCCCAGAGAAUCAAUGGAAAAACACGCUUCUGUGCUGAGAAAGAAAAACUCUAAACCCAAUAUUUGAUUUUAAAAGGACGAAAAUAAGUAAGAGCAAAGUGACUUUUGGACAAAAGGGAAAUUUUAUUAUUUUAGCCUUUUUUUAGGGUUUUAAAAAACAUACUUUUUGUGGUUUUUUGGUUUUAUUUUAUCUUAUUUUUUCGUCAUGAGAUAUUUCUGCUAAUCCCCUACUCUAACCUUUUUACCUCUUUCGUUAUGAAAACAGGACCCCUCCAACCUUCAGGGUAAGGUGCAGAAACAUCAGGCCUUUGAGGCUGAGCUGGCUGCCAAUCAGAGUCGUAUCGACGCCCUGCAGAAGUCAGGUCAGGAGCUCUUGGAUGGGAAACACUACGCCUCCACUGAAGUGGCCGGCCGCAUGGAGGAGGUCAGCUCACAGUGGAAGAAGCUGCUGGAGGCCACUGAGCUCAAAGGUACUGCUGCAGGAAAACUCUGAUAGACUACUUAUUUAAUAUACUCAAGAGAGAUGAUUUAUGUACAAUAGAUUUUAUCCAAGGAAAAUAAAUCUGGCCCUAGCUGUAUUUUUCCCACACACUCUUGAAUCCUUUACCUCUAAGAUUUUCAUUUGGGGCUGUGAUUUGAUGCCAGCUGCUUCACACCACAGUGCCUCACAUAGAAAGAUCAAUGUCUGAUCAAAUGAUGUAUCUCAUCAUAGGCAUCAAGCUCCGUGAGGCCAACCAGCAGCAGCAGUUUAACAGGAAUGUGGAGGACAUCGAGCUGUGGCUGUACGAGGUCGAGGGUCACCUGGCCUCAGACGACUAUGGAAAAGACCUGACCAGUGUCCAGAACCUGCAGAAGAAACAUGCUCUGCUGGAGGCAGAUGUGGCCGCUCACCAGGUUGGAAUACAGAAAUAUCCAUCCUAAAGACGGAUCAUUAGAAGUGUUUUUCCAGACAGCCAUGAAAUGACGAAUAUUUCCCUUGUUUUGUCUAGGAUCGCAUUGAUGGCAUUACAAUCCAGGCUCGCCAGUUCCAAGAGGCUGGACACUUUGACGCCGACAACAUCAGUAAGAAACAGGAGGCCCUGGUGGUGCGAUACGAAGCUCUUCGAGAGCCGAUGGCUGCACGCAAACAAAAACUGUCCGACUCACUGAGGCUGCAGCAGCUGUUCAGAGACGUGGAGGAUGAGGAGACGUGGAUCAGAGAGAAAGAGCCCAUUGCAUCUUCCACUAACAGAGGUACAACUUUUAACUUCACUGUAGAAAGUAAAGAACUAUCUUUGCAGGAUGUUUCAUUUUUGGCUAAAGUCCAAAAUCUUGAAUAAUUUCAGAUUGUUGGGUUUCUUAAAAAGUCCCAUUGUGUUUUUCUGUCAGGCAAAGAUCUGAUUGGUGUCCAGAACUUGCUGAAAAAGCAUCAAGCCCUGCAGGCUGAAAUCACUGGACAUGAGCCCCGCAUCAAGGCUGUUACCCAGAAAGGAGAGGCCAUGGUGGAGGAAGGUAUUCAUCCAGUUCUUAAGCUCUUUCUGUUUUCAUUAUGAGUUGAUGUCCAAACCCUCGGGUUGCUGAUCGUAUCUGUUCUUUCAGGGCACUUUGCCGGAGAGGAUGUGAAAGCUAAGCUGGCUGAACUUCACGGUCGUUGGGACACUCUAAAGGCGAAGGCCUCUCAGAGGAGACAGGACCUGGAGGACUCUCUGCAGGCUCAGCAGUACUUUGCUGAUGCCAACGAGGCUGAGUCCUGGAUGAGGGAGAAGGAGCCCAUCGUGGGGAGCCCCGAUUACGGCAAAGACGAGGACUCUGCUGAGGUUCAGAAUAGAUUCUAUAUGUCUCAUAUUUAUGUCCCCACACUAUGGCUGCAGUUCAGCUGAACAUCUUUUCCUCUGUAGGCUCUGCUGAAGAAACAUGAGGCCCUGAUGUCUGACCUGUCAGCUUACGGCAGCAGCAUCCAGUCUCUGAAGGAACAGGCCCAGUCCUGCAGGGUAACACCUUACUACAAUUUUUCUUCUCUAUUAUUCUGUCUCCAAUUUUUAAAUCCAUUUUUCUCCAAUUGUAGUAUUACGCCUUGAAUUGCUUUUGCAAAUCAAUCAAACUUCUAAAGAUGAAGCAGUGACACAAAAGUAUUUUGUUUUUUCAUCAGCAACAAGUGGCACCAACUGAUGAUGAGACCGGGAAGGAGCUGGUCUUGGCUCUGUACGACUACCAGGAGAAGAGUCCACGUGAGGUCACCAUGAAGAAGGGAGACAUCCUCACCCUGCUGAACAGCACCAACAAGGUACUGAUGAAAACCAGCUCAGGCUAACCGCGACAAAAACCAAAGAUAUUUAUAUUAUUGAUAAUCAGUCUUCUGUGAUAUAUUGAUUAAAGAUUGUCAAGGAACGGAAAAUUUGCCCUGCAACUACAUACAGACCCUGGUUCCUGGGGAAAGUUCCUUAUAGUGAAAGGACCUUGACUAGUGCAUCAGCCAUUUACAUAUUGACAAAUGGAUGUGUUGAAGGUGAUCAGCUAAUAAGGACUGGUGUUGUGAUCAGGUGAUGCGCUGUGGGCUUGAUUUUGUGUUCUACCUGGAUUAUCACUGUGCUCAGUUUGUAUUUUAUGCAGCCCAACACAAUAUGAGAAAAAACUUAAAGAACGUGUAUUCCCGUUUUUAUUUGUGUUUUGGGCAAUAAUGUGGCUCUUCAGCAAAAAUGAAUGAUGUAUCAGGGCUUUGGUUCCUCAGAGAGACUCGUCAGGCCAAGAGAAUUUCCUUCUCUAAUGUAUUGUGCCAUGAAAAAGCCCAGGAAGAGCUUUAAAUAAGAACCGCAUCAUAAGCAAAAGGGUUAUUCUCGAUAAAAACUGUUGACAUUACUCCUUCCCCUUUUGUGUAGGACUGGUGGAAGGUGGAGGUGAACGAUCGCCAGGGUUUCGUUCCUGCUGCCUACGUGAAGAAGCUGGACCCCACCCAGUCCUCCUCCAGGGAGAACCUGCUGGAUGAACACGGCAGCAUCGCUCUCCGUCAAGACCAGAUUGAAAACCAGUAAGAAACUCACGUCAUUGCCUCCACAGUCCCACAGCAGAACGUAAUGUUAUUACCAAUUCCUUCCUUUCCUGCUGUGAUUUUUCCUCUUCAUUUUCGAGUCCUUCCUCUUUAACCUUUUCUUCACUUCCCACUAAUCAUGUUUUCUGCUCACUAAUGAUCUCGCCCCUGGCCUCUCUGUCUGUUUCCUCUGCUCUCCUCUCCUCUCUUCUCCUCUCGCUGUGUGUAACAACUUUAAUCUCGUGUCACUGCGCGUUUGCCUCGCCCUGCCUCUGAGCAGGCUUGUCACCAAGGAGGCCUGCAGCGUGUCAGUGCGCAUGAAGCAGGUGGAAGAGCUGUGAGUAGAUAUCAGCGACUCUCUGCGUGUUGUGAUCGUGAUAAAAUAAAACACCAUCCUCGACUGUACAUCCCUCCAAACCCUCAGAACCCUUCAUGUCAUGUACUUCACCCUCGUCUUCUAUCCAACACGGGGAUAGAAGCGCCUCCAAUCCACACUUUUCACAUCCUUUUUGCUUAUGGAUGAAAAUGUCUGAUUUUUCUGUCACGUCAUAAUCUUUUCUUUGGGUUUGUGUUUAUUUUUUGCAUCUCAUGUCAAGGCUCACGGUGCCGGUUAGGGUUCAUCAGGGUUGCAGGGAAAUUUUGUCCAUUUGAACUGGAUUGUGUUGAUGAAAAUGAUGGAUUUGUAAUUCAGAUAAGAAAAUAUUAGCAAACAAAUAAGCCUCGGUCUUUAAUUCCUGCUCUGGGCUCUGGUUCUGUCCUCAGACUGCAGCAGGAAGCAAAGGCCGUCAUCAGGUUUAAUGAGAUCCCUGACAGCCCUGAAGCAUGGAUGCACUUAGAAUCAGUCUGUUCAUGUGCCAUGCAGUGUUGUAGCUGCUCAGGAUGCUCGCAAUAGAGCAUAAAAAUGCACAGUACGGCUGCACAAUUGUGGCCAAAAUGAUGAUCAUGAUUAGAAUAAUGAAUAUUGAAUGCACAAUCUUAAUAAUGAUGAUUUAAUAACUUUAAAGACAACUUUUCCCCAAGUUUUGUUUGUUUAAAAAACAUUAUUCAGUAUAUUUGUGUCAGCAUGAAGAAGCAUCAAAGCUUUACUUUAUAAGAACUUUGACUUUGAUGAUUUUGAGGAAAAUCCAACUUGUGGUGGAGUAUUUUCUCUUUGUGUUAAGAGAUGCACUGAUCGUGGAAUAAGAGCUGAUGUUGAUACAGAGGUUUAAAAUAUCAACUAAUCCAAGGCUGACAGAGACAGAUGAUUUUUUUUUCCUGCAUGACUUCUUUAUAUGAUUUUAUUAUGAGCUGUAAUUUUUUAUGUCUGUGUAAAAAGUUGCUGAUCCCUCCUUUAAAGUCCUCAAAUGUCUCUGACUGGAUCAUGUCUACAAACUGCACGUCGAUGAUCCUUCUCAGACAGUUUUUUUUUUUUUCUCAUUUGAUCAUAAAGACAAAUCAUUUGUUCAGCUUUGGGACUUUUCUACCUAACUUAAAAAUGAUCUGGGUUGGCAGUAAGCUGUGAUAGCUUAAUAGAUUUACCUUAAUGUGAAGAUAAAGAUAGGAUGCUACUGAUAUCAGUGCGUGACCUUGGAUUUGUCAUUGUGCUGAUGUUCAACCCAAACAUCAUUUAUUCCUUCUGAUGUUAUCUGAAUGCCAGUAUCACCCCUUCAGUUACAGAUGUAUCCUAUCAUAUACAGUCAUUUAGCCUGCGUCUUUAAAGCAAAUGGAUUUGUUUGUUGUUUUUCUAAAUGAUCCAGACUUUCCGGUUUCCUACCAUUUAGCUGUGCUACUGUAGGCACAUUAAAAUCUGUUAAUGGUUGUUAUUGCUGCAGCUUUGCUCUUUUUCUCACUCUCAUUCAGCUUUACUUAAACACAUCAGAUCUUUCUUUCUUUCUUUCUGCUUUUCUGCAGAUGUUUUUUCUCCACUCUUGCUCGAUUAUCAUAGUCAGUCACAUUCCUUUUGUUGUAGGAUGGCCAAAGAUGUUAUUAUUAACAUUUGAUUAAUUUAGCAGCCUUGUUCUUCAAUAUUGGGGAUUCCUGUAAGGCCCUUUCUGAUCAUGUUAGACAUUUGAUAUGAUCUCUUAGUAUUUUUGAAGAUACUGGAUUAAGAGAAAAUUUGAUUUGCACUGAAAUCUUAAGGGUAAUCAUUUAAACCAGCAGAGAAUCUCCCCAGCAGUUUCCCCACAAUCCAGAUAAGUAUUGUGUAGAUUUUGGAAACCCUUAGUUUUAGCUGAGAAAUUGUGUUUUGACCCACACCAAAUGUUUGUAGAAGGCAGGUGUCCCGUCAUCCUCAUCAGCAACCAUUUUUAAUCUUUAAAAAUGAGCCAUGCUUUAAGAAGAAUGAUAAGGUUUGUUUUGUUCACAUGUUCACUGGUUUCAUUUAAUUCUGUGACUCUAACUUUCUUCCAGGUACGGCACUUUGCUGGAGCUGGGAGAGAAACGUAAAAACAUGCUGGAGAAGAGCUGCAAGAAGUUCAUGCUGUUCCGCGAGGCCAACGAGCUGCAGCAGUGGAUCAACGAGAAGGAGGGCGCCCUCACCAACGAGGAGGUCGGGUCUGACCUGGAGCAGGUUGAGGUCCUGCAGAAGAAGUUUGACGACUUCCAGAAGGUACUUUUCUACCCGACAACACGUCAGAUUUAACACACAGACUGUUGUGAUUUCAUAAGUGAGAUUAGUGUGAAAGCAUAAAAAGACUGCAGUGCCCACUUAAGUUCUGAACUGUGGUAGUAAGGAGAAGUCAUGUGCUUGAUUUAAGGUGGUAAGUGGUGUUAAGAGCUGGAGGUGUGUUCAUGACGUGUUAAUGAGAGAUGAAUUCUUUGUUCCCUAAAGGAUCUCAAGGCCAACGAGUCUCGUUUGAGGGACAUCAACAAGGUGGCAUCUGAGCUGGAGUCUGAGGGUCUCAUGGCUGAGGAAGCCCCCAUGGUUCAGGCUCAGGUAAACAUCCCUUCCCUGACUUCACUUUGUGAGCCAGCUUUCUGCUUUCAGCUGUGACUGAACAAUGAUCUUGUUCUUUUCAUAUGCAGCAACAAGAGUUGCUGGGUGCUGCUCCUGGCAAGGUUGUGCCCAUUACUCCUGGUUUAAUGCAUGCUUUCUUUAUAUAUAAGACUCAAUAUUUCUUAAUAAGUAAUGACCCGUAUAACUAACAUAACUGCAUCUUAAUUUUUCAACUAGGAUGAAGCUGAUUCCAAGACUGCCUCUCCAUGGAAGGUAAGCUCCAUCACACUAUCUGUGUCCAGACAAAUACAUUCAAACAUUCAUCUGUUUUAUGUCUUUUAAAGAAAAUGCAUCAACUGCAAAGAUUUGACAGCCUGUCGAUCUUGAUCAGAUACUGUAACUGUGCAUGACUGUUCAGCAUUGAGUUGAUGUUUGAGACUACUGUGUCACUUUGGGGAUAAACUGCAACCAUGUCCAACAAAGGUGCGCUCAGACCAAAAGGGAAGCCAAAUGUUUUACACUCGUUGAUAAAAGACGAUCCUAUUUAAUAAAGUGAGAUGUCUAAACAGACUGAAGAAAAGUCAAAAAAAUUAUGGUUAAAAAAAAUAAUUAAAAAAAUUACAGUCAAAAUCAAGAUAAAGAAAAUAAGAAUCGUAAGUCACAGAAAACGGUAAAUACAGUUGUAAGUGCUGUAAGGUAAAUGAAACCUGGUGAAGCUAAAAUAAAUCAGAGCUAGAUCUGUAUAUUUUGGAUUCAUAUCCUGCUGCAUGAAUGCCAGAUUUAUUUAUUUUGUAGAUAGAUUAUUUGUAGCGAUAUCAGAGGUGGUACUAUGACAAGCUUUUUUGGUUUCUAACCUCCCCUGCACAAUGCUGUUUUAAAUCUAUCAUGAAGUUAUUCUCUUUUUGUCAUGUGCAAAUGAAUUAAAUAAACUAAACUAAACAGAUUUAAGCUGACUAGUGAUUGACCCAAUACAUCCAAGAAAUCUUGUGCAAAUAAAAGUUGGAUUUGGGACUUGUUGAGAUUUAUUUUAAUCGAGUAACAGAUCAGUUAAUCCAGAAGUGGCUCUUGAGAAAACGAGGUGCCAGAGAGGGGAAAUAUUCACUAUUAAACACAGAUCCUUCCCUUUGUAAAACGUGAAGCAGGAGCUUUGCUUUUGGUCUGACCACAGCUUUAGAAAGUUAACAGGAUAUGAUUGGACACUGUUGAGACACCCGGUAAGCCUGGGAACUUUGAAGAUGUCUCCAGAUGUCUAAAUCAUUUGAAGUGUUUUGUUGAUUCAUCAUAAUUCAGAGUCCGGUUCUGGUUCUGCUCUAGCUAUGGUUGCAGUGCUUACUACAUCUCGAUUUGUUUAGAGUCUUGGGAGAGGACCAAGACUCUGGGAGUUUCCAUAACACUCUUGACUGGUGUGGUGUUUCUCUCUUUUUGUUCUCCUCCCUUCUGUCUGCCAUGUUUUGUUCACUUUGAAUUUAGAAUGUACGCUUGGCUGUACAAACAACGGCUAACUUUAAUACUAUCAAGGUAAGAUGACCUAGACAAACGGACCUCCCCCUCUCUCCCUGUCCUGCAUCGUGAUCAGAACACUAACCCCAUCGUUAGCGUUUUUUUCCUUUUGGAUGUCACAUGAUCCGUGUCCUCCUGUCCUCUGUGGCCUGAGUCUAACUCGUGUCAGGAGUGCCCAGGUUUUGUUUGGCUCUGUCCAUCAUGUUGCCAUCUUUAGUGUCGACUGUAGUAUGAAUGAUUGUCUGCAUACUACAGGUGUUAUGUCUGCCACAUCUUUUUGUGAAUCCCUACCUUUGUGUUGUUAUUUUAUUUGUCCCUCAACUGUUAUGUUCCUCCUGUGCAUCUGAACCCCACCAUUUUACCUGCAUCCAUUUCUCCGUCACUGUCUGUGCACGUCAAUCGCACUACGCAAAAUUGUUACACGACUUGCACAUGUUUUAUUUGUGUGAUUAGAUUUAAGCUCAGUAUAAAUCUUAGCACUCCCACCUCAAUCAUGAUGUUUGCAAAUACCUCACCUCACUUCUUUGUAAUACCAGAAAUCCCCCCCUUAAGUAGAAGCUUAUGUAGUUCACACGCUGCUAAUCAGAGCAAAUUCUGACACCAAAACUAGAUUAAAAGUAUGCAGGGUCAACAAAGUCUUUAAAAGUAGAGUUGUAAAUGUUGUUGGUCGCUUCGUGUGCAGGAGCUGAAUAAUCGCUGGAGGUCCCUGCAGCAGCUCGCUGAAGAAAGAAGCAACAUGCUGGGGAGUGCCCACGAGGUGCAGCGAUUCCACAGGUACAGAACAAAGACAGCAAAGGUUUCUACAUCACACAUCACAACACUGCAAUAUGAGGCGCAAUGAUUCAAGUAUGUAAUCCACAACAAAUUGAUGAUAAAAUGAGCCCUAGACCAAUUAUAAAGUCAGUGAGUUGUUGUUGGGGAUGUUAUUGCGCAUGUUUUCAAUGCUGUACACGGAUACAAGCUUGUUUUCUGUACUGUCUCUGAUGAGAGGAGCAAAUGCAAAACAGAAACCAGUAAUCAACUGAAGAGGAACAUAACACAUUUCCUAGAAUUUAGCAUGUCUUCCGUGAAUCAAGAUUGUUUUGAUGGCAUGUUCAGAGUUCAAAAGAGUACAGUAAAAUUAAAACACUGAUCUAUAAACAAAAACACUAAAAGAAAACAUAUUCCUAGUACACUUUCAAACUCGUCAUCCUAAUCCUGAGCACCGAACUCUGACAGUUGUAUUUAACAACCAUAAAAAAUGAAUUUGAGAGGAUUUAAUUUUUUUUUUUCAUUAGGGAUGCUGAUGAAACUAAAGAGUGGAUCGAAGAGAAGAACCAGGCCCUCAACACUGACAACUACGGACACGACUUGGCGAGUGUUCAGGCUCUGCAGCGCAAACACGAAGGCUUUGAGAGAGACUUGGCAGCCCUGGGCGAUAAGGUCAGAUGAUUUGCUGUUCUACAACCCAAACCUCUGCUGGAAAUGUGGUUCAAGUUCCUAGUUGAAGAGAGUCCGUCUCACUUUUUUAUUUUUCUCUCUCCCUCUUCCAGGUGAACUCACUCGGAGAGACAGCAGAGCGUCUGAUCCAGUCUCACCCUGAGGCAGUGGAUGACAUCCAGGAGAAGUGCACUGAGCUGAACACCGCAUGGAGCAGCCUGGUGGGACGCGCCGACCAGCGCAAAGACAAGCUGGGUAACUCCCACGACCUGCAGCGCUUCCUUUCUGACUUCAGGUGAGGGGAAAACAGCCAGAAAGUGACACAGAUUGGAUACUUGAGCGUAAAAAAUAAAAUAAAAUAAAAUCUCUCUCUCUCUCACAGAGAUCUGAUGUCCUGGAUUAAUGGUAUCCGAGGGCUGGUGUCCUCAGAGGAGCUCGCCAAAGAUGUGACCGGUGCUGAAGCCCUUCUGGAGAGACACCAGGUAGACAUUUCCACAUAAAAGUCUUACUGUCAUGGUAAAAACUCAACAGUUGAGACCUUGUUUGUCACAUCUGUAAUUUUCUGCAGAGGGUGAGUAAUGGAAGGAAAAUUUUACUCUAACUUGCUCAAAAAUUUGUUCCAUCCUCUAGGAGCAUCGCACAGAGAUCGACGCUCGUACCGGAACCUUCCAGGCCUUCGAGCAGUUCGGUCAGCAGCUGCUGGUGCGAGGCCACUAUGCCAGUCCUGAGAUCCAGCAGAAACUCGAAGCUCUGGACCGUGAGCGCGCCGACCUUGAGAAGGCCUGGAUGCAGCGUCGCAUGAUGUUGGACCAGUGCCUGGAGCUGCAGGUAACAAAGCAAUAAGAGAUGAUCACAGGUAGCAAAAACUCAACAGGACUCUUCUUCACCGACUGACUUCUGUGUUUGUUUCCCGUCAGCUCUUCAACAGGGACUGUGAGCAGGCGGAGAACUGGAUGGCGGCCCGUGAAGCUUUCCUCGCCAGUGACGACAAAGGAGACUCCCUGGACAGCGUGGAGGCUCUCAUCAAGAAACAUGAAGACUUCGACAAAGCCAUCAACGUGCAGGAGGAGAAGAUCGCCGCUCUGAACUCCUUCGCUGACCAGCUGAUUGGAGCUGACCAUUACGCCAAACCUGAGAUCUUGAACCGCCGCCAGGAAGUCCUGGACAGGUAGGAGACACCACCAGCAUGUUUCAUCUACAGAAUGGUCCAGUCCUAAAUCGAACACUUAAAAAUGUUAAAAUAUUGCAGAGGCUUGAGGUUGAGAUGAUCCUUUUUUUCAGGUGGCGUCGGCUGAAGAGUCAGAUGAUCGAGAAGCGCUCCAAGCUGGGAGAGUCUCAGACUCUGCAGCAGUUCAGCAGAGAUGUGGAUGAGAUCGAAGCCUGGAUCAGUGAGAAGCUGCAGACUGCAACCGAUGAGUCCUACAAGGACCCCACCAACAUCCAGGUACACAUUCAGCUCCGAAAGAACCUGGUGGGAACAGAGUUAGUAUGAGAGGAGGAUAAAGGAGUUUUAGACGUGAGGGGGAAAUGGUGCUGUGAUGAGCAGUGGAGAAGUUCAGACUCCACUUUCUGUCCAUAUUUUCAAGUUUAGUUCUUCCACUUUGGCUUAAAACUCUUUUGUUUUUGGGUUGUGGACAAAUCAUUACAAUUAGGAGACCGUCAGCCACUAGGACAGUUGAUUUAACCCACAAAAGGAAAAUAUGAAGGAAACUACAAACUGAUUGAUAGUCAUAAUAAGAGUAGUUGCAGCUCCUUAUAUAAAUUCAACACUGACAGAACAGAAAGAUUAUGACUGAUUCUCAAACAGGAUAUCAGUGAAGGAAACUGUUUGGUGUGUCUUUGGCUAAACAACAAGUCUGAUCUGUUUUGUCUUGUUUCAUUGAUGAUGAUGUUCUUAAACUGUGUCAAAUCCCUCCCUUUGUCUUGUCUGAAGUCAGACUGAACUUUUUCUCCCACUGUUUCAUUUUUUUUUAUUAUAGCUGUCCAAGCUGCUGGUAAGUUCGCGUAGUGUGUCAGCUGACUAACAACCGAGCAGGUUGUCCUCGUUUGUGUCCACGUCUGUGCUGUGUGUGUAGACACGACGUAGAACAAGUCCAUCUUCAGUUUGUCCCUCAUUAGCACUGAUCAGUGCCAGCUUCUCUUCCAUCUGGGUUUAAUUUGUAUUAAUUUCAAACAUUUGGCUCAUAUCUGUGUUCAUUUUUUUCAAGGUUAGUUUCGUCAUCAAAGGCUUCUAGUCAUUGGGCGUGGCUUCCAUUUUUAUGUUCAGGUCGUGAGGGGAGUUAUCUCUAAAGUUGCUUCACAUGUUUGUUUUUCAAAUUGAUAAAAACAAAUCUCAAAACUACAAACUUGAGAAUUUCGAGGUAGUCUUUGGUCCUUCCUGCUCUUAAAGCAGGAUGUUUAAAGCUUGUUUGAAUUGUGUCUGAGGAGUUGAUGAAAACCUGCAGAAUCAAUAAAUCAUGAAGCAACUUUGGGGUGAUUCUUCCUUCAGGUUUGUUCCAGAUGUUAUCCUCCACACUGCCAUGUUUAGUCCUUCCAUGUGUCAUCCCGCCUGUCUGUUUGUGUCGGACACAUUGUUUGUCAUGUUCCCUGUCCUGUUUUGAUAUUUUACUUUAUCAGUCAAACUGACUUUAAUUUCAGCUUUUGCUUGGACUGUAAGUAUGAAAGCUAUGCUCCGUGUUUAUGAUAAAAGACGGUUUUGCAUAUUUUUUUGGAUAUUUUCUGCUGCGUGGUUCUAACAUCUGCAUCCUUCCUCCCUGCAAUCAGAGUAAACAUCAGAAACAUCAGGCGUUUGAGGCCGAGCUGCACGCCAACGCUGACCGAAUCCGUGGGGUCAUCGACACCGGUAACGCCCUGAUCCAGAGGGGAGCCUGCGCCGGCAGUGAGGAUGCAGUCAAGGUAUAUUCAUCAUGCUGUUUCUUCUGAUACGACACAAGUGAAUUAUUUUAUAGAAUUAGAAACUUUCAGCAUUUCAUCUGUGGCAUCUUAAAACCUUUGAGUUUGAGUUCAAAGUUGAUACAUGUUUGUUUUUUCUAUUAUUAAGGUGAAUUUAAGUAAAAAAGACCUCAGAGAGCGUCCAUCACCAAGCGGUGGAAGUAUAGAAUUUAUUUACUCCGUCUGAUGAUUUCGUAAAAAGGUUCUUAUGCAGAAGGAAAACAAGAAAAAAUAGAGGCAGAACAUUGUUCAGCACUAACGCAAAACAUGGACUGUGUGGAUGAAACAAAGCAAAUCAGAGUCUGUCAGUUAAAAUAAGAUUGAAACUUGAUUUGUUUGUUUUUUUUCCUCCAGGCUCGUCUGAACGCCUUGGAUGAACAGUGGCAGUUCUUGGUCAACAAAUCUGCAGAAAAGAGCCAGAAACUGAAAGAAGCCAACAAGCAGCAGAACUUCAACACCGGCAUCAAGGACUUUGACUUCUGGCUCUCUGAGGUGAGGAUCUGCAUCAUGAAUACUCUGUACGUGUCACAGCUCCAGGGUUGUCUUGCAUCUCAUGUGUGUGUGUUGUUCCUCAGGUGGAAGCUCUUCUGGCCUCAGAGGAUUACGGCAAAGAUCUGGCUUCAGUCAACAACCUGCUGAAGAAACACCAGCUGCUGGAGGCCGAUAUUUCUGCACAUGAGGUUUGUAGCGCGAGAACGAAAGAUCUCCACAAACUCAACUCCAUUUAACUCCACAUUUUUCUGGACUAUGAUCCAGUUUGAUUAGGUCUACCUGUCUACAUGGGACUUGUAUUGACAGGAGACCUCAAAUGAUUUAAAAGCAAAACUGAGUAAGAGUCAGAGCAUGACUCUCUCUGACUUCCUUUCUCCUCACAGGACCGUCUGAAGGAUCUGAACGGUCAGGCCGACAGCCUGAUGGCCAGCAACGCCUUCGACACCUCACAGGUGAAGGACAAGCGUGACGCUGUCAACGGACGCUUCACAAAGAUCAAGAGCAUGGCAGCAGGCCGCCGAGCUAAACUGAACGAAUCCCACCGCCUGCACCAGUUCUUCAGGGACCUGGAUGAUGAAGAGUCAUGGAUCAAGUAAGAUCACAGAGCAGCUGUCUGCGAUAGAAUCAGCAGCUUUUGAUGUUCAUUUGUGCCUGAGAGACGAUAUUUGAUGUUUCUGCUCUGAUCCGGCACAGAGAGAAGAAGUUGCUCGUGAGUUCGGAGGACUACGGACGUGAUUUGACAGGAGUACAGAAUCUGAGGAAAAAACACAAGAGACUGGAGGCUGAGCUGGGAGCCCAUGAACCGGCUAUCCAGGUGAGACCUUUACAUAUCAGUCCCUUUAAAGUAGUUCUAUAGUACAGACAGACUUUAGAGUUAAUGCAAAACACAAAACUGUUGGUGAACAUCCUGACUAAAAUAUAUUCACUGAUCACAUGUUGUAUUUCUAGUCUGUGCUGGACACUGGGAAGAAACUGUCCGAUGACAACACCAUCGGUCAGGAGGAGAUCCAGCAGAGGCUCGCCCAGUUCGUCGACCACUGGAAGGAACUGAAGGACUUAUCUGGAGCGAGGUCAGACACACUCUAGUGUCCAUCCUGUAAGCACUCAUACAGGGGGUGAAUCAGGCGUGUAAAUGUGUGUGAUGUGUGUUUGUUCUCAGGGGGAAGAGGCUGGAGGAGUCGCUGGAGUACCAGCAGUUUGUGGCGAAUGUGGAAGAAGAAGAAGCGUGGAUAAAUGAGAAGUUGAAUCUGGUGGGAAGCGAGGACUACGGCGACACACUAGCUGCUGUGCAGGUGGGACAAAAAUUACUAUUUCAUUAAGUUUUCAGUUUUAAAACGUGAUGAAGAGUUUCACUGACUGUCAGGAAACCGAUCUGUUGAUCAGGGCCUGUUGAAGAAGCAUGAAGCCUUUGAGACGGACUUCACGGUGCACAGAGACAGAGUGAACGACGUGUGCGCUAACGGAGAGGAGCUGAUCAAGAAGGUGUGUAAACAGUUUAAUCCUGAAUAGAUUCAAACUGUACAACUACAGAAGCAAAUCUCUGACCAGAACUUUUAUGUUUCUGACAGAACAACCAUCACGUGGACAACAUCAGCGCCAAGAUGACAGCUCUGCGGGGUAAAGUGUCCGAACUGGAGAGAGCUGCUGCUCAGAGGAAGGCCAAGCUGGACGAGAACUCAGCGUUCCUGCAGUUCAACUGGAAGGCUGACGUGGUCGAGUCCUGGAUCGGUAUGAAAACGCAGAAACACAAGAACAUGUCUGUCAUCCUUUUCCAUCAGAGCAGUCCGACUCCAGUUAAAUACUGUGAUCUAUUUUCUAAAACAUUGAUGUAACUACGUGUGCAGACAGAUUUCUGCACAAAGAUUAUUUUUAUUGUUUCACGACCAGAUAAAUUCCCCUCACAGGAGCUUUAAGGAUGUUUUAUAUGCUGUCCUGCUCCUGGUGGAAAUUUACAAGAAGAAAAACAAAGACUGAAGUAGCUCUUUAUUAUUAAAAGAGUGUUCCUCUAAAGCUCAGAAUAAAGUGGCGCUAACUGUUAACUGUCAGACAUUUGUUCCCACAUUUAACAUCCUCUUAAAGUAUGUUUUUUUACUUCUAAUUCCUGUCUGGUUUAUUUAGCUGUAAUAUCUUAAUUACUGAGAUUGUGUUUAUUGGCAUAUUUUUCAUUCUUCAGAUCAACAGUUUCCCUGCCUUCUUGGCAGAGUUUACACACCUUUCUUUUUGACCUUUACACAAAGGUUAUGAGCAUGUUUCCAAAGUUUUGAAACUGCUCUUUUACCUGUUUUCUUUAAAAGCCUGAUUCAAGUUUAGUUAAAGCCCUUCAAUGAUUUUCCAGGUGAGAAGGAGAACAGCUUGAAGACAGACGACUACGGCAGAGACCUUUCCUCUGUGCAGACUCUGCUCACCAAACAGGUACUUCAACCUCUCAAACAGCUGUCUGAUAUCCUCUGUAACCCGCACUUCUCUUCUGUGACGGCAUCUUUCCGGGUCUCUCUGCAGGAAACCUUUGAUGCCGGUCUGCAAGCCUUCCAGCAGGAGGGAAUCACCAACAUCACAGCUCUCAAAGACCAGCUGCUAGCUGCCAAACACGUCCAAUCAAAGGCCAUCGAGGCUCGUCACGCUGCUCUGAUGAAACGCUGGAACCAACUGCUGUCCAACUCUGCUGCUCGUAAGAAGAAGCUGCUGGAGGCUCAGGAGCACUUCAGAAAGGUAACGGAGCCUUUCAUGACCCUGAAGUAGCAACCAAACUUUCAGCCUGUUUGUAGAUAUUCAUCAUAUUUCCUCCACACCCUGCCCAGGUUGAGGACUUGUUCCUGACGUUUGCUAAGAAGGCGUCAGCUUUCAACAGCUGGUUUGAGAACGCAGAGGAGGAUCUGACCGACCCGGUGAGGUGUAACUCUCUGGAGGAGAUCAAGGCGCUGCGUGAGGCCCACGAGGCGUUCCGCUCCUCGCUUAGCUCCGCUCAAGCCGACUUCAACCAGCUGGCUGAGCUUGACCAGCAGAUCAAGAGCUACCAGGUGGUGUCCAACCCCUACACCUGGUUCACCAUGGAGGCUCUGGAGGAGACCUGGAGGAACCUGCAGAAGAUCAUCAAGGUCUCUUUAACAAAUGUGUAUUUUUACCUGAUGAGGGGUUUACAUUUCUUAAAAGAGUCGAUUCGCAUUGACCUUCCUUGUCUCUGUGUGCAGGAGCGAGAGCUGGAGCUGCAGAAGGAGCAGAGGAGGCAGGAGGAGAACGACAAGCUACGUCAGGAGUUUGCUCAACACGCCAACGCUUUCCACCAAUGGCUGCAGGAGACCAGGUACAGGGCGAGGACUGAUAGCCUGCAGCGGCUCCUCUUUUCAUCAUUGUUUUCUUCUGCUGCAUGAUGAUUUCUGCGUUGAUAACACUGCUCCAGGCUCAUGUGUUAUCACAGAUGUUUAUGAAGGAACCUUCUGCGGUGUUUGUCUCAUUAUAAGCCAAUGAAUCAUCUCUGAAUCAGCCGAGCACAGAGCAUGAUUCACGCUUGUGUCCAUAUUGUGUUUUUUUGUUCUCGAUCAAGAAACCCAUCCAUGUAACUCAGAUUUUAAGUUUUCUUCAACAUUGAUCUUUAUUUAUUAUUAGUAGUACAUUUAAAUUUACAUUUAAAUCAUGUUGCUUCGUUUCCCACAGCAACACAAUUAAUCUAACUGACAGUGUGGCAUAGAUGCAGCGCAUAUAGAGAAAUACAAGGUGUUAAAAAACGUGUUGUAUGUUAGUUUCUAGAGUGUAGCUAACACUAGCCGACUUUGCACCACCAGUGGAGAGGCCACGCCCACGCUCUGCUGUUAAAGAAGAGAGGGAGGGUGCACUUCAUUCAUAACACAGCAGGAACACAGCAGGGCGGCACAGUAUUGUUCAGUCUCAAUUAUAUAUUAUAAAUUAACCAUAUUUUCAUGAUCCUCAAAUCCAAUAAAUCAGAGCAGUAUGUUCUAAAAUUACAUUUGAAGGGAAUAAUAGAGAAAAAUGCUUUAUGGACACAAGACUUGACUGUUGUUUACUCUCUGCACAAAUGUCACAUCUGAUCACAUGUCAGAGUGAAAGAAUCAAACUAAUUCACUCUGGAUGUGAAGAUUCCUGUGGAUGCUUUGUUGUCGCCUCAUCUAAACAUGUAUUUGUCUCUCUUUUGCUCUUUCUCCCUCCCUCCCUCUCUCCCCUCUCUUCCCCUCCUUCUCUUGUCUGCUUCCUCGCUGGUGCUUGGGAUCAAUCUGCUAAUCAGGACAUAUCUUCUGGAUGGGUUAAUAUCACCUUUUCUCUUUAAUAUCUUUGUGAUUUGAGUGUUUGAUUCAGCGUGUGUGUGCGUGUGUUAAACUGCGAUUGUUGUGAGGAUUAUCUCAAAGGUUGGUAAAGAUUUAUAUUAUUUUAUUUUUUAUGUUCCCCCUCCUCCACCUUGAUGGUUUUUGGAGUUUCUUUGUAUUUAUUCUGUGUUUCUUGUCUGUUAAAUCUCUCCUCCUCCUCCUCCUCCUCUCUCUGAAUAGCAUAGCGUAUCGCCGGGUUAUCUGUGUCUAUCAGUACCAAGUUGCUGAUGAUCUUUCUGGAAGGUUUACCUCUUUGAGCUUUGCUCUGUUUUGUCUUUUUGCCCCCCUCUGACCCUCACAGAGCCGUCAGGCCUGUGUGACCUCAUGCACUUCAGUCUAAAACCACCAUUCAGGACUGGUGUGCACAGUAAAAUCCUCCUGCUGAACUAACACCCACCCAGUCCUCCAAACUCAGAGCACCAGACUGGGGGGGCUGGACGUCACUUUGUUUAACUCAGGGGGUGGAAACUGCAGAUAUUUAAAAUAUGUGUAACACUGCACAUAUUCCAUACAGAAGAAUUCUCUUUUUAGUGUCUUCUUUGGUGUCAUUCUCUCUAACUCUCCAUGUGUGCAGUGGCUUCAGACUUCACUCUCCAUAUUCAGUAACUUAAACUUUCAUUAAGAACCCAUCCUGGAUCCCACCGGCUAUAAUCUGACGUUGAUUUAUGUCCCAGUGAGCGAUAGUGAAUUUUUUUGUAAUUAGUAAAUUCAGACCAAGAUUUUCUUUUCUAUACGCAGAAAAAACAAAAGUGAGUGUGUUCACAUCAAGGCUGUCUCAUGGUACUCACAGCCAAUGACAUAUUUUUGUAGACUUUAGGGGAAAAAACUAUCAGCUGGUACUUAAAGAGACAAAUUACUCCUUAAAUGUAACUAAUAAAUGCAACAGACUUACGUAAAUGUCUUUUGAAAAUGUGGUAUUUAAACGUAAACACAACCACAGAGAUGAUAGACAGCAUAAAUAGCAAGAACAUAUAUUAACUUGGUGUUUAUAAAUUACUUCAAAUCUAUUAUUUCUGGUGCAUUCAGGGAAGUUGGAAAAUCUAAACGCUUUAGUGACACGACAUCAAGCAGAUCAGCGUGUUGGUGUAAAUCUUUGAUGUAGAGCAGAUUGUUCGCCGACCUUCAUGCAGAGAAGUAAAUCCUCCUCAGAUUAGCAGCGAUGGGAGCCGGGAUGUCAUUAUGGUGGAUUGUGUUCUGCCUGCUUUUGCUCUCCAUACAGACUCCUGCAAACAUUUCUCACAUUAGAUUUCAGACUCUUUUCACACACAGAUUCUACAUUUUGAUAUAGAAUCUGUGAGGAGGAAACUCUUUUAUAAAAGGUCUGCUGCAGUUUCCAGUUCUGUGUGCUGGAGCCCUAACCUGCAUGGUUUGGGUCACCUGUAGAUCUCUGGCAUGAAUGAGCCAGCCAAGGUCCAUUUUUGAGUAGGAAGAAAAUUAGAGUUGAACCAAUUUAUGCAAAAAAGAAAGAAACCGAUUCUCUGGCAAACAUUUAUUGAAUGUAUGCGUAACGACUUCUGUAGCAUUAGUAGAUGUGUUUGAGAAUGAGAGUCUGUGUGACAGAGUGACUGUAGUACCUUAUCAAACUGACCCUCCUCCUGUCUAACAUAACUGUGCUGUGUCAGGUCAUGUAUGGUGGAAGAAUCUGGAACCCUGGAGUCUCAGUUGGAGGCCACAAAGGUAAAAAUCACUCUUUCAUGAUUUCUUCACACACCUGCUUCUCUAAAGUGUCUCAGCAGCAGCGGCAGAAUGUACGGCCUGCAAACGCUCGUAGUUUUUCUUAAAGAUCCUGUCAGUAACUUGGAGUUGUGUCCUCUCUAGUGCCCCCCAGUGGGCAAAGUGGUACCUUGUCUUUAAGAAAGUUGCCCAUACGCCACUUAUGAGUAACAACUGAAAUUUUCUGUGAUCUGACACCAUGUAGGAGUUCUUGUUGAUGUAUUGUCUGUGUUUUCUUAUGUGUGCAGCGUAAGCACCAGGAGAUCCGGGCCAUGCGCAGCCAGCUGAAGAAGAUUGAAGACCUGGGAGCAGCCAUGGAGGAAGCGCUGAUCCUGGACAAUAAGUACACAGAGCACAGCACAGUGGGGCUGGCUCAGCAGUGGGACCAACUGGACCAACUGGGAAUGAGGAUGCAGCACAACCUGGAGCAGCAGAUACAGGCCAGGUACACACCAACGCGUCGUAACUGCUGAAUGAUGUCGCUUAAGGGUUCCUGGUUUAUCUCUCACCUCAUGUAAGAAUAUUAUUCAAGUUUCAUGUUUCUUACUUCUUACUUUGCCUGUUUUUUUUUUCUAGGAACACCACAGGAGUGACAGAGGAGGCUCUGAAAGAGUUCAGCAUGAUGUUCAAGUAAGUAGCUUAGACCUGAUACUCUGAGAAAGUUCUGCUCAGUGAGCAGUCAGAAAGUCGAGUGACAGAUGAACUUAUCUGAAGUCCAGGUCCCGUUAUGCACUAAGUUUGAAGAGGGUAUUUGGAGGGUGAUGUUUUUGGAGGGUUACCUAUUGCUUCCUUUCACUUUAUUACAAGUUUCCUGCUAAAUUGAGUUACUGAGUCACCUGUUGACCUGGUCCGAAAUGGAGUAAAAAGACUGCAUGAGCUGCUGAGUUCAUGUAAGAGUAGCUCGUCUCUCUCUCUGUCUGCUCUGAUUGAGUCUCAUCCGCACCUCCACAUCUUUAUUUUCAGGCACUUUGACAAGGAGAAGUCCGGCCGCCUGAACCACCAGGAGUUCAAGUCCUGUUUACGCUCGCUGGGCUACGACCUGCCCAUGGUGGAGGAAGGAGAACCCGAUCCAGAGUUUGAGGCCAUACUCGACACUGUGGAUCCAAACAGGUACGUCACAGGUUAGAUGGAGAGGUAAACUUCAUCCACCAACACUGUUUGAACAGUCUUAACUGAGAGGAACCUUUGUGUGUGUGCGUAGGGAUGGAAACGUGUCGCUGCAGGAGUACAUGGCGUUCAUGAUCAGCCGUGAGACAGAGAACGUGAAGUCCAGCGAGGAGAUCGAGAGCGCCUUCAGAGCCCUGAGCACCGAGAACAAACCUUAUGUCACUAAAGAAGAGCUCUACCAGGUGAGACAAGUCCCUCGCUUACUCUGUGGUCUCAGACCGCCAUGAGGACUGACACUGACACUCACUGGCCCCCCCUUUUCUUCUCUGUCUCUUCCAGAACUUGACCAAGGAGCAGGCCGACUACUGCUUGUCACACAUGAAGCCGUACCUCGACAGCAAGGGCCGCGAGCUGCCGUCAGCCUUUGACUUUGUCGAGUUCACCCGCUCGCUGUUCGUCAACUGAUCCCCCGCCCACCAGUGACCAAUCGGGACGCGUUUUCCCUCACACACUUCAACACAAACACACAGCUGAAACUGCAUGAUCGUGGCACUACUCACUAAAACCGACUCUCUGUAUAUUUAUCUCGCUCUGCCCUAACUCUGUGUGCUUCUCAUGAUAGCAUAGUGGAUCUGUCUGCAUCUGAAUGUGAUUGUUUUAGCUGGUUUAGCUUGUGCUUUCGAUGACUUUAAGAACCUCCUAUUAACAAUAAUGUCUUAAGAACACCUGAACAUGAGUGUGCUUUAAUAAACGCUACUGGUUAGAACUGGA